GAUGUUUUCGCUGCCGUAAAUCUCAAUAGAAGACGUAAAAAGCGGAAGUUUGCGAGUGCGGACCAAGCGCGUGGUGUUUUGCCGAAUUGAAGCAGGAAAAGACGAUUAGAAAAUGUCAUUUUACAAAGACUUGAUACGAGAACGGUUGAUGCUGGCGGCCGAUGAAAUAUUCGCCAUGUUUGAACGAACGAUAGCGUCGUACGAGGAGGAACUUUCUCGAACAAGAGAAAAGGAGCGACAACGCGAACAUCUGGAAUCUGCUAGCAAGACUCACACCGUGCUGCGGAUCCAAGAUGUCCAACAGCUGAUUAGUUGUCAUGAAAAACUUCCCUCUCAGUCGCAAAAGAGGAAAUCCACGUUGGAGCAGGAGGAUCCACAGCCCCCCUACCUCAAAGAGGAAGAGGAGGAAUGCUGGAUGACUCAGGGUAGAGAGUAUCUUCCAGAGCAGGAGGAAACUGACCUCACCAAGUUCCCACCGACCUGUGCCUUUGAGAAUAACGAAGACCAUGAAGACAAACCACCCGAGUCCUCCCAGCUCCAUCACAGUCCAAGUGAAGAGAACAAAGCGAGGCAGCUUUUGAGCAGCAGCUCACCACAACGCCUAACAGAAGCCGACGGAGACCACCGUGGAGGAUCACGAGCAGACAACUUCUUUGCUUCACUCUCAGAUAAUUACUGUUCUGAGGAUGAAGACAUGGAUGAGACCCAAGAGCCUUUGAGCAGCAAUCCAGACUGUGAAGGCGAUAUUAGGACUCAAACUGACAACACACACUCUGAACGCUCUAAAAAAAAGACAGAUGUGGCUUUGCAGAAGCUCCUGGCAAUGGUCACCGAGCUGACAUCCGAAGUCAGGGAACUUCGGUCGGAAGUCCGGCAGUCUUGUAGGUGCUGCCAAUCCGCAGGUGUGAUCGGUCAUCAAAAGGGCCUGACUAACCCGGUGGAAGUUCCUAUCCGAAACAUGGAAGAUUUGGACCAUGCAGAGGCUACCCUCCAAACACCCGAGGCUUACAAUGCAAUGGUGACUCGUUUGUCUAUCGUUGGUGGGAACAACUUGGAUUCAAAGGUGCGCCGGAUUAUGUCCUUGGUGUUCACUAAUGAAAUGGCCUCUGGACUGAACUGGGCAGGGAAGAAACAGAAGGACGAGCGAAAGCAAAAAAGGGCUUUCAAAGAGACACGGCUUUGUAAAUGCAUUUUUGAUGCCGUCACUCAACAGCUCGGCAUGGCUAUGGAUGAUUAUGCCUUUGCGCAAGCAGUGCAAAAGUGGCUCCGUUAUGCGCCCGACCGGACAGGAGGCAAGGCAAGGCGAGGUGCAUGUCUUUGGAGGUGGGAGGAAGCUGGAGUACCCGGAGGGAACCCACGCAGUCACGGGAAGAACAUGCAAACUCCACACAGAAGGAUCCCGAGCCCAGAAUCGAACCCGGGACCUUCGUAUUACGCACAGCAACUGAUUGGCGUUGAAGAUGAACAUCCACCUCAGGAAGGAAGCUCCACUUUGAAGCAGGAGGAUGAGGCAGAGCCCCUCAAUUUAAAGAGGAAGAGGAGGAACUCUGAAUCACCCAGGAGGGAAAGUAAAUUUUAAGGCUCAUCUCGCCAAGUUGCCAGUGACUGUUGUCUCUGUGGAAAAAAAAAAACACCUGAGUGGACAAAUUUCAUCAGUCCAAUUUCAAACAUUCUUGUCUCAUUUUCUUGUCAUUUAGCCAGUUGAAUAGCCUUGCUAUACAGGCUUACGCCAUAUUUAAUUGUACAUUCACAAUACUGUGAUUAAAGAAAAAUAUACAGAA